AGUAGCACUCUCCUUCCUCUCUCUCUCUCUCUCUCCACGCCUGUACCUGGGCAUCUUCUGGUCCCAGCUCCUCAUCCAGAUACCAGUGGAUAAUAAUUGAUGUUCUAGCUAUAAAGGGCAUGCUUUUGGCUGAAAAGGCAUAGAUUCAUCAACAGUUUGAACUUUGAAGCAUGACUAUCACCAAUGUUCUGUCAAAAGCAAAGGUGUUAUUUGAACAACAUUCAAGUCUUAUUUUGGACUACAAUCCCUUCAUGUCUAGAUGGAAGCCUGUCACAUUUGAGGAAUCUCUCAAAUUUGUAAGAAAAGUAAAGGCUCGUGAUUAUCAUUUAUAUUUAUCAUUGCUUGACAUUCUAGGUCAGGAGCACAAGUCCCCAGAGACCUACCAACAGCUUGUGCUGCUAUUUCAGAACCAUGAUGAUUUGCACGAGGAGUUGAAACGUUUCAAGCCACAGGCCCAAGCACAAUUUUUUGGUCCAUGGCUUGUGUUUCUUCUUCUGCCUCUAUCUGUCUUGAGCUUAUAUCUUAUCUUCUGUGAACAACCACUGAGAUGUCUAAUUGAACAAAAUGCAAACAAAACUUCCUUGUUGUAAAAUCUUAUUUCUUUUGCUAUAGUAAAUAACCUUCUUGUAUAAUUGUCUGGGCAGUGGUUUUUAACUUGUACACAAAAUCAUAUAUUGAGAGAUUGGAUGGUUGCCUAUCUA